ACAUUGGCGGGAAAGCAAUGAAACGUCACCAGAAUCCGACCGGAGUUUUAAAAACAUCUGAAAUCGUGUAAACUGCUAGCUACCGAGAGGCUGUUCUUUUGCUGCUUUACUCAACAAUGGCGACGUCUUCUUUCUCAAGGGGUUGCUUCGUUUUUAAACCCAGCGCAAAGAAGAAGAAGAAGACAACCGUUGAUCUUGAGAGUUAUUUCACCGACGGUUGUGAAGGUGCCGAGAGCAGCAAAACGCGCUUCAAGCUUUGUUUGGAUCUGUGGAACAAAAUCAAAACAAAAACGGAGGACCUGCAGGACGAGCUCAACAGAAACAUCUUGGACAGCUUGCUGGAGUUCACCAGGAAGUGCUCCUCCACCCGUCGUCACGGCGACUGGGCCUCCCAGAUGAGGGCCAGUGAGAUCCCCACCGCCGCGCUCGUCCUGGGGGUGAACGUUCCCGAUCACGACAUCACGUUCCAGAGUUUGUCGGAGCUGCUCCGUGGUUCCGUCACGCCUCACGUUGCGUCUUUACAGGCCAAAGAGUGUGGAGCUUUGAAACAUCUGAUGAAAAGAGUCCUUGAGAGACUGAUGGAUGCUGUUGUGGACGAUGAAGAAGAAGAGGAGGAGGAGGAGGAGGUCCAGCAUAGCGGUGCUCCGCUCCAUAAGAGCGUCCACUGCUCUCUCAGAGCUCUCUGUGAUUGGUACAGCUCAAAAACGAAGAAAUCCAGCUGCAGUUCUUCUGGAAAGAAGCGCAGCUCCUCCGCUGUGGAUGAGCAGCAGCUGCCUCCUGUUGUGAUCAUUUUCAAGGAUUUGGAGGCUUUUAACCCAAAGGUUCUGCAGAACUUCAUACUCAUCUGCAGUCGAUAUCUGGAUCAUUUGCCGCUGAUGUUCAUCUUCGGCGUCGCCACGUCGCCCAGCACCGUCCAGCGCAUGCUGCCUCACUCCGUGUCCUCGCUGCUCUGCAUCGAGCUCUUCCAGUCUCUGUCCUGCACUCAGCACCUCACCACCGUCAUCGACAAGCUCAUCCUGACUCACUCCUUUCCUUUCAAACUCAACGGGAAAGUGAUGCAAGUUCUGGUCAGCAUCUUCCUCUACCACGAUUUCUCAGUCAGAAACUUCAUAAAGGGUCUCCAGCUGGCCCUGUUGGAGCAUUUCCACUCCCAGCCUCUGAGCUCACUGUGCUGCAGGAAGAAGGAAGCUCAGAUUCAGCUGCAGCAGCUCGGCGCCGCAGACCUGGACAGGAUCAGGCAGCUGCCGUCGUUCAGCAGGUUUCUGAAGGAGCAAGAGCAACAGGAACAAGACAAUCUGCAGACAGACGACACUUAUUUAAAGGAGGCGUGUCAGAAACUGCUGAAGGGGCUUCAUAAAUACCACAAGAACUAUUACCCCGUCCUGCGCUGUCUCCACACUCUGACCUCCUCGUUGCCUCGCUACCCUCUGGGCAAACAGAUCAGAGAGCUUCAUUUGAUCUGUCUGGAGAAGAACGUGUGGGAGAGUGAAGAAUACCAGUCGGCCAUGAAACUUUUAAAGAUGCUGGCGAAAGAUGAGCUGAUUUCUUUGCUCCAGAAAUGUGCAGAGGUUCUGCAGCGGGUCAAGUCUAAGGAGAUGAAGAACGCUCUGGUCCAGCUGGAGGAGCUACUUGAUAAAUUUGAGCAGCUGAACGCUGCUGCUGAAUCGGCCCCCAGCGUGGAGGAGAAACUCACCUGUCCGGUGAAAAACCUUCAGAAGAAAACGGAUCUGUUCCAUCUGCAGAAGACGCUGCUGGAGAUGAACGAGUCCCGCAGGGCCAAGCGGAUGAAUCCCUUUGAGGUUCUCCGGAACGAAGCCGUGGAGUUUGUCGACGGUUUAGUGAAGGAUCAUCUGUCGCCGCCGGAGUCCAAGCCGCUGUACGAAGUUUGCUACUACAGUUCGUCGGCCACCGUGAGGCGCCACCUCAACGCGACGCCUCGUACCUCCAUCCAGGCGGCGCUCAGCAGCCCCCACUGCUACAUCCAGAACGACAGCUUGACGUCGGAGGACGGCUCCGUGUCCAACGCGGCUCCUGACAUCUGCAUCGCUCACAAGCUGCACCUGGAGUGCGGCCGGCUGAUCAACCUGUACGACUGGCUGGAAGCCUACUCUACUGUUGUUUCUGCUGCAGAGGGCAACGAUCCGGAUCCACAUGGUUCUGGAAAAAUGGAUGAAGUCAAACACGCUCGUUUCAUCCGCGCCGUGUCGGAGCUGGAGUUUCUUGGUUUCAUCAAAGCAACCAAGAAGAAGACGGAUCAUGUGGCCCGGAUCACCUGGGGAGGAUGCUAACAAAACGUACCGCUCUUUUUGUUUUCACAACCAGUUUGGGUCAAUUUCUUUCUAAUAAAAGGCAUGUAUUUAUUUUUCAGUGUUUCGUUUAUGUAUUUGUUUUGCUGAAAGGUGUUUCUCUUACUCUAAAUUAAGUUUAUUAUUCCAGGACUGUAAAGAAGCGGUAAACUGCUCUCAAAUUUCACUGCGGCAAAGCUAGCCGGCUAUUCAGACAGUAGAGCCGUCACCUUAUCUACUGAAGCUAAAUUUAAGUUGCUUUUUAUGCGUUUUUCUGCCUUCCUGUUCACUUUCUCCCGUGUCUCUGUUGUUGUUACCAUGGAUGCCUUAUACAGAACGUUGCCAAAAUAAAAGCAUGAAACUUUAGCUGCAGUUACAAGAAACAAAGUAACUACAUUCAGUUGGCCUUUACACCAAAUAUUAUGGUUUCUCUUCUACAAGGCAACAAAUGUCGUUUUGGAAAGGGGCCACAAACAUUAAGAAACCAUUUUGUAGAAGAAAGUAUCAGAGAAAACAAAACAAGCGGCCAUUUUGAGGCUGGAGAAGUGAACGUUAGAGAAAAUAUGCAUCCUGAAGAACUGAAUGCCAAACAUUCACUACCAGAAAACAAAGUUAAUGGGAUAAAUGUUUGCUAAUGCUUUUGUUUUUAAUAUGUGUUGUAUGUUACUUCCUUGUCUUGUUCUUUACUUUUCUGGUAUUUCCAAUCUUCUGUUUUGCCAUCAGUUUUUUAAAGCUAAGCUUUGGCAGCUUUAACAACUGGGAAAAAGUUUUCACCAGUUUCCUGUUUGCAGGUUCUCACCAGCUACAUAUACAUAGUGCUUUAGAUAAUAGCGCACAAUCAAUAACUAUUAUUACUAUUCAUGUUAAUACAUUAUCAUAUAAUGUAUAUUAUAUAUAUAUAUGUGUAAAUAACUAAGUGUUUAUUGCAGAAAAUGUUUUAUUUUGCCAGUAAUUUUUAAAUAUUUGAUUCAGCAUUUUCUGCCUAGUGCUGCUCUUGGUUUUUCCCUCAACUACAGAAGUUGGUGAUUUAUAGUUUCAGUUAGUAGAGCAGUUGGUUUUCACGGAGCAACUGGGAACAUUGUUUCAUACUGGCAGUCCCUCAGGUGGGUCGAUUGUUCAAGUAUUUGCUCAGAGUCUGGCGUGGAUAAACCCGACCUCAGCCCAAUAGAUCGAUUAGAGCAGAGACUGAGAGCCAGGCCUUCUCGUCCAACAUCAGUGUGUGACCUCACACAUGCACUUCUGGAAGAAUGGUCAAAAAUCCCCAUAAACACACUAAACCUGGAGGAGGGCUGAAGCUGUUCUAGCUGCAAAGGAUGGACCGACGUCACCCUGAGGAGAGAGACGUCACUGGCAACAUAUUGAUUUAACAAUAAGCAUUGCAACUUUGGAAGAAAAAAAAAUAAAAAAUCACAUUGUCUUAUUUAGAUGGGCUCUUGUUUUGAAAUUACACUUCAGGUCCAGAUGUCAUUUGCUGGGUGUCUUCUGUUUUUCAGCAACAUGCAUGUCAACUUUUGGAAAAUAAAAUAAAUAGUAAUAAGUUCCAUAAUGCAGCUUGAAGUGUGACGCAGAAAAGAACUGAAUCACUGAAAAUUUUCAGAAAUUUCCACAAGCAAAGAUUCUCAACUCUCGAUUUAUUGUUUUUUUUUUUGUUUGUUUUUCUCCACUAAAGUACAUCGGUUGCAAACUGAUACCAGCUGGGAAAAAAACUUUAAAAUAAAUACAGACACUGGUGGGAAUAAAACAAAAAAAAAA